GCCGAAAGCGUUUACGACAAAAAGCAUUGUCGGUGUAGAGUGCAGUUCGGCUACGGCUAGAAAUAUAUUGUGAACUGUUGUGCUGUGCGAUAAAUGAGUUGAUUCCUGACCAGCGAUCCUAUUAAACUCUUCCGAUAUACUGUGCCCAAAGGAUAAAGGAGCAGGAUUUUACGAAGAACACGUUGGUCGAAUAGUGCAGUAGCUUCUUUUUGUGAGUUUAAGCAGCAGUAAGUUUUUAAACAGACUAGAAUGGCUUCUAAAGAGGAAGAGAAUCUUCCAGAAAAUAAGAAAUUAGCUCGCAAGGCGAAAGAGCAAGGAAAUGAGGCGUACAAGAAAAAAGAUUUCGAAGUCGCUUUGAGCCAUUACCGUACGGCGCUGCAGCAUGAUCCUACGGAUAUUACAUUCCACAAUAACAUCGCUGCGGUGUAUUUCGAGCAAAAAGAGUUCCAGAAAUGUAUCGCCGAGUGCGAAAAAGCAGUCGAGGUUGGUCGCGAAAAUCGGGCAGAUUACAAGCUUAUAGCAAAGGCCUUCACCCGCAUUGGCAAUUCCUAUCGCAAACUAGAAAACUACAAGUCUGCUAAGACUUACUUCGAGAAAAGUCUUUCGGAAUACAGAACGCCGGAAGUGAAGGCAUUGUUAAGUGAUACCGAAAAGCAGAUCAAAGAACAGGAAAGAUUAGCAUAUAUCGACCCGGUCAAGGCUGAAGAGGAAAAAGAGCAAGGUAACCAAUUUUUUAAGAAGGGCGAUUACAGCACAGCAGUCAAACACUACACGGAAGCAAUUCGUCGCAAUCCAGACGAUGCCAAACUAUAUAGCAAUCGAGCAGCUUGUUACACCAAGCUGGCUGCUUUUGACUUAGGCCUUAAAGAUUGUGAAAUGUGCUGCAAACUGGAUGAAACCUUUAUCAAGGGCUGGAUCCGUAAAGGUAAAAUCCUACAAGUAAUGCAGAAAAGUUCAGAAGCGUUGACUGCCUACCAGAAAGCUCUUGAAAUCGAUCCGAACAACGCAGAAGCCCUGGAAGGAUACCGAGCCUGCACAAUGGCAGUGCACUCCGAUCCGAAAGAGGUAUGGAAGAAGGCCAUGCACGAUCCCGAGGUGCAACAGAUUCUGAAAGAUCCCGCGAUGCGAGUUAUUCUAGACCAGAUGCAAAGCGACCCAAAGGCGGUUCAAGAGCAUCUUAAAAAUCCUGAGGUGGCAUCCAAAAUCCAAAAACUCCUGGAAUCCGGUAUCAUUCAAAUUUACUAAAACGUUUCUACUAGUUACCGCAGUUACGCGGUAAUGGUCCUUGGAAAGGUGUGUUCAAUAGGUACCGGGCAGUCAAUGGAGAUCUCUACUGUCAACGCCAGUUUUAUAUGCGAGUACGAGUCGUUUUCUCAAAAUCUAACUUCUGUUGGCUUUCCAAAUUGCUUUUCAAAUUUACACAAACAAAGCGCAUCAGUCGCCGCCGUAUUAUACUUUCGAGAGAAGAGAAAUGGCUAAAAGAAAAACCCUUGACAUACAAACACAAUAUUCAUUCAAUAAGCUUAUUGAUAAUAUAGUAGAAUAAAUCUUUAAGCAAAGCAAACGCGUACAUUAAAGUAGAUAAAUCGUAAUAAUUAUCGCUCGUACCGCAGCCGCAGCAGCAAACAGUGGAACAGUUCUAAACUAGCCAGUAUAAAUUGGAAGUAAUAAUCGAAAUAAAACUAGGAUUUAUU